UGGACAAUUCCCAUAUAUUUUAUAUCGUCGCAAGAGGACACCCGUGUUCACCAAAGAUUUCAUCAGCGCAUUAACUCCGGCAGGCUACUGUGCAACCUCAGUCGAAUUACGGAUAUCAAGACAAGUGUCAACGCAAAGUGCAAAUGUGCACAGCCCACUUGCUAGAGCGUUGCGCCUAACAGAGAACAAAGUGCGACUCUUGCCCGCAGCCUUCUGCUGACAGGUGUAAAGAUGCAAAGGUUCUCCCAUGCAAAGGUGGUGUAUCUUCGUUUUGCUCCUCACCACCAGCUGCUCCAUGCUUGGUGCAGCGCUGACGGGGGCUGGCACUGACGAGAACGCCGAAAACAGGAUGCUUUGGGCAGGAUUGCAAGUCUUAAAUUCGGCGUUCGAUAUUGAAGACAUAGGCCAUGCAGACCACAGAAAAACAUCCUCGAUUCAUUCCUGUCCUGCGGGCCUGAACUCAUUCUUGGUGUUUCGUUCGCCAAUGAAACAAGGUGAAUAAACGCAUUUAUGUUAUUUGAUACUUUUGCUUCUCAGAUUUGAGCUUGUGCCCUUCAAUCGUACCCCAAGCAGCAACAUCGUGCCGUUGAAAGAGUCAUUUCUACUUGAUAUAUAUCCUCAGUCAUCUACCAAGCUGCCCCCAAC